GUGACCUCAAGUAAGCGGGAAGCUAUCUGAUCGAGCAGACGAUCCGAAAUUACUCGCUAGCAAUGGAUGUGUCUAAAUUCGAGAAUGGAUCCGGAUUACGAUCCGCCGAUUUAACCCUCACAGAAUACAGCUACAACGACGGCGCGAAGGGAUGGUGGACACGGCGGACCCGCCUCGAGAAGCGUCUCGUUGUGUGUGUGGCUGUCUUUCUGUGCGUCAUCGUCGCCGUCGUCGUCGCCUUAGCUGUUGUUGCGUCCAAGACCACAGAACCUAGUGCUGAUGUUUGUUUAACAGAAGAAUGUGUUGUUGCUGCGGCCCGCGUGAGUCGCGCCCUCGACCACAACGUCAACCCGUGCGACAACUUCUACGAGUUCGCAUGUGGCGGCUGGAUGAGGACGCAUGUCAUACCCGAGGACAGAUCCAGUUUAGACCAGUUCGGCGUCCUCAGAGAUGAGGUCGAGGUCACUCUUAAAAAUUUAUUCGAAGUUGAUGUAAAACCAGACGAUUUCUACUCCAUUGCUCUUGUAAAGGAUUUGUACGCAUCAUGCAUGAACAAAACUCUUCUCGAAGAUUUGGGAGUGGAACCGGGUGUGAAAUUUAUCAACACACUCGGAGGCUGGCCAAUGAUCAAUUCGACCUGGAACGAGUCGACCUUUGAUCUCGUCCAGAUGUUAAUCACCCUGAGGAAAUACAACAACGUUCCGCUGAUUAACAUGCACGUGACCACCGACCUGAAAAACUCGACACGGAGGAAGAUAUACAUUGAUCAGCCCGAUUUCGGGAUGCCCGGGAUGAACUACUACCUGCGUGGGAGAGACGACAAGAUGCUGCUGGCUUACGAGCAGCUUAUUGUGAACAUCGCCUCUGAACUCGACCAGCCUCCGCCAACAUCGCAAACCAUCGUCAAAGAUGCCAAAGAUAUUGUCGAUUUUGAGAUUGCCAUAGCAAACAUUUCGGUUCCGUCAGAAGAACGCCGAGAUAAUGAAGCUCUUUACAACAUUUACACAAUAUCGGAAUUGGCUAAAAACUACACCCAGAUAAAGUGGUUAAAGUAUUUCCAGGAGAUCAUGAGCGUUCCCGAGGUGGAGAUACAGAUUAAAGAGACCGAUGACAUCAACCGUUCGCCCAACUAUUUCGGAGACCUGUGGAUUCUCAUUAAAGACACACCCAACGGUGAGGGGCUGCGCUCGACGGCGGAUGCAAUUAAUGAAAAAAUAGGAUACCCUGAUGACAUUUUAAAAAAUGAAGAACUGGACAAACUUUAUGGAAAUUACUCUUAUUCAAGAGACACGUAUUUUGAAAACGUCUUGCUCAAUAUUCAGCGAUCAUCUAUUAACAACCUAAGGGUCCUUAGGGACGAAGUAGACAGGAAUGUUUGGUCAACAGCACCGUCCACUGUUAAUGCAUUUUAUAACUCGGUCAGAAACCAAAUCAUGUUUCCAGCUGGUAUUUUGCAGCCACCAUUUUACAGCAAGUCCUAUCCCAAGGCGAUGAAUUACGGCGGGAUUGGUGUUGUGAUUGGCCACGAAAUAACUCACGGGUUUGAUGACAGAGGCCGCCAGUACGACAAGGAUGGCAACCUAAAACAGUGGUGGACUAACCUGGCCAUCGAAAAGUUUAAGGUCAGAGCUCAGUGUAUCAUCGACCAGUACUCCGAGUACGUCCUUCCUGAGGCAGAUAUGAACCUUAAUGGCGUCAACACGCAAGGCGAAAAUAUCGCAGAUAAUGGCGGCCUCAAACAGAGUUACAGGGCAUACCAACACUGGCUGGCAAGAUCGGGAACCAAGGAACAAAUACUGCCGGGACUGAAAUUCAACAACCAACAAAUGUUCUUCAUUAACUUCGCUCAGAUAUGGUGCAGCAAUCUCAGACGUGAAAACGCCAUCCACAAAAUCCUCAGUGGCGUUCAUAGUGCAGGGAGAUUCAGGGUGAUUGGAACACUACAGAAUUCAGUCGAGUUUUCAGAAGCGUUCAAGUGUUCAAGCACGACGUACAUGAAUUCGCAACACAAGUGUUACGUUUGGUGAUAGGUUAAAACCGGCCCAUUACUCAAGGCCUACUUUUUCUGACUGGUUCAGAGCAACUCAACAACGAAUCUGUAACAUUAGUGGUGAUUGGUUAAAAUCAAGUAUCCUGUCAAUCCGACCAUAAAAGUAUUACAAUUUGUGAUUGGUUCAAAUACAAAAAAACCAGUGUAAACGUA